AUGGAACCCAGCCGCAGCCAUUUGUUUACGGCCUUGCUCCUGCUGCUCCCCACGCCGACCAUCCACAGCCGACCGGAGCACUUGUUAAUGGCUCUGCUUCACACCCGGCUCGGAGGUGCACGUCUCGGCCCGAACAAAGGCUGGUUUGUGCCCCGACGUCCCGAGCGUGGAGAGGACAGCAGCCCCAAAGUGAGAACACCACCCAGAGUGCUUCAAUCAGUCACUCUGAGUAACCCAGCGGGCGCCCCAUCCGAGAACAGGUGUCAACACGCCACUGUGGCACUCCCGGGACAAUGGGACCCAACUAUACCCCCACACCAGGGAGAGACGGACUGGUAA